AUGUUCGCAAACCCACCCACUUUCACCAGCAUCAUCCUCGUUACAACCUUUCUAUCUACCGCAACCGCGAGACCACUUGCUACUACAGCAACCGUCGAGUUUCAAUAUGACGUCAAGUCAAUGACAACAAACUCAAAUCUGGAACCUCGAACGCAAACAGAGUCAAAACCUCUAGGCAUCGCUCCAAAAGUCCUCAUGGCAUCGUGGCCUGUGGUUUCGCCAUUGAUUGAACUGAUUCCUACCGAAUAUGAGGAAUGA